UUUAACUUCUAAAAAAAUGAACAAUUAAAAUACAUAUAAGAAAUGAUAUAUAAUAUAAUAUAACCUUGCUCAAUUUAAUAUUUGUCUAAAUUAUAAUUUUUAUUUUACUUAUAAAAAAAAAGAAAUGUUUAAAAAUUUUAUAAACUUUUGCAACUUUUGCACUGAUUAAAAAAAAAUCUAUGAGGCAAACUUUGAGAUUGUUCGCGGAUAUCAAUCAUUACAAACUAGUAAUCGCGGGUGGCGGUAGCGGAGGAAUUUCAGCGGGAUCAAUAUUCUCUAGGCAGUUAGGCAAGAACCAGGUGGCUAUAAUAGAGCCUUCAUUGGUUCAUUACUAUCAACCGCUAUGGAGUCUAGUAGGCGCCGGUAUAAAAACAUUCGAAGAAUCAGCGAGGUCAACUGCCAGUGUUAUGCCCAAAAAUGCUGUUUGGAUCAAUGACUCGUUAGCUAAAUUUGAUCCCGAAAAUAAUACUGUCAUAACUAAAUCGGGCCAAAAGAUUAGUUACGAUUAUAUGAUUGUGUCGUUAGGGCUGAAAUUGGACUUCGAUAAAAUAAAAGGGCUGAAAGAAGGUUUAGAUGACCCGAAUUCAAACGUGUGCUCCAAUUACUCGCCCCUAACGGUUAAGAAAACUUUUCAAGUCAUGAAACGCUUGAAACAAGGUAACGCCGUGUUUACCUUUCCGAACACUUCCGUUAAAUGCGCGGGUGCCGCUCAAAAAAUUUUAUAUCUCACCGAGGAUUACACGAGAAUACACGGUACGAGGAGCAGCGUGAAUUUUCAUUACAUGACCCCGCAACCGACUAUAUUUAUGGUUCCUCAUUACUCUAAACGCUUGGAUGUGAUUAUCAAAGAACGCGGAAUAAAUUUUCAUCCUCUUCAUUCGCUGGUUCAAGUCGACGACCCACAUAAGGAAGCUAAGUUUACGGUUGCGGCGGAGACGGGCAAGGAAGGCGCUGUCACUUAUAAUUACGAAAUGUUGCACGUUACCCCUCCAAUGAGCGUGCCGGAUGUUCUUAAAAACAGUCCCUUAACUGAUCUUAAAGUGAAUCCGAUUGGAUACAUGUGCGUGGAUAAAGAUUAUUUGUGCAGUACAAAAUAUUCCAACAUUUUUGGGAUUGGUGACUGCACCGAUGCCCCCAAGAGUAGAACAGCGGCCGCUAUUGUGGGACAAUUUAUCUUCAGAUUUCUAACCGACAACAUUUUAACUGGCGAACUCAGAGUCCUCCACAAAAAUCUCAAUUUAGUAAUGGCUGGAAAAUCUCCCAUUCAUAAAGCCAGUGGUUAUUCGUCUUGCCCUAUCGUAAUCAGCUUCAAUAAAUGCAUGCUAUGCGAAUUCGAUUAUGAUCUGACUCCUAUCGAAACGUUUCCCGUGGAUCAGUCUAUUCCCAGACGUUCUAUGAUGCUUAUCAAAAAAUAUAUUUUACCUUACCACUAUUGGAACAUAUUUUUGAAGGGUUAUUGGAAAGGUCCUGCUACGAUAAGGAAAAUUUUGCAUCUGGGUUUGAAAUCAUAAAGCAAUUUACGACUGUCGAAUUCGCGAAUUGUAUUAAACCUCAUCGAUUUGCUCUUUGAUAUUAUUAUUUAGAAA